CUUGAUGUGACGAUACAUUCCUCUUCAUACAUGAUUACCGUAUAAUUCGCCAUAUGGGCAUAGCGAACAUUGAGGAUAUCGAUAACCUGGAUAUAAUUGGAUUCACUUGCCGAGUGAGUCUGCGAUUACGGGGCCCAGGAACAUCGACACAUGAUGACCUCUAAAUGUCGUGCUCGCUCCAACUCCAAGUCCGUUCCAGCCUUCCGUCAUUAAGAGCGUGAGCUCAUUCUCCAUCCCUUGCUCAAUUGUUGAAUUACACCAUGCUAUCGGUCUUGCGACGGACUCUUGUCCAGCAAACUAGAGGAUUUGCGACGAGCAACAUCGCUGUUGCCGGCUUCACUGGCGCAGUGGGAAACACACCAUUGAUCUAUCUCAAGACACUCUCAGAGCAGACGGGAUGCAAAAUAUAUGGAAAGGCCGAAUUCCAGAACCCUGGAGGCAGCAUCAAAGACCGUGCUGCUGUCGGCAUAGUUCUGGAUGCGGAGGAGAAGGGCCGCAUACAACCCGGUGGAACCGUUGUUGAGGGUACUGCAGGCAACACCGGUAUUGGCCUUGCCCAUGUCUGUAGAGCCAGAGGCUACAAAUGUGUUAUAUUCAUGCCUAACACUCAGAGCCAAGAGAAGAUUGACCUUCUCAGCAUGCUCGGUGCCGAAGUGCACCCAGUGCCCGCGGUUCCAUAUGAGAAUCCAUUGAAUUAUAACCACCAGGCGAAGGAGUACGCUGAAAAGCUCGAGAAUGCCAUAUGGACAGACCAAUUCGAUAAUACCGCCAAUGCGUACGCGCAUUAUAUCUCUACUGGACCCGAAAUAUGGGAACAGACGCUGGGUGACAUUGACGGGUUUAUUUGCUCAACUGGCACAGGUGGUACUCUUGCUGGAGUAGGCAAGUAUCUGAAGGAAAAGAACGCGAAGACGCAGAUAUGGCUCGCCGAUCCGCCUGGCAGUGUCUUGUACAAAUAUAUCUCUUCCGGUGGAAAGCUCAUAGAGCGUGGCGGAAGUUCCAUCACAGAAGGUAUCGGUCAGGGCCGUGUAACAAAUAACUUGGGCACUUUUAUCAAUGACUUGUCGGGAGCCUUGCACAUACCGGACGAGAAGUCGAUAGCCAUGGUGUAUCAGCUUCUUGAUAGCGAAGGCUUGUAUCUAGGCGCUUCCUCGGCGCUGAAUGUCGUUGCAGCUGUAGAACUUGCUCAAAAGCUAGGCAAGGGCUCUAAAGUUGUGACUGUACUGUGCGAUGGCGCAUACCGAUACCAGAGCCGUUUAUUCUCCAAGAAAUGGCUAGAGUCGAAAGGGCUAGGAGAUGCUAUACCAGAGAAUCUGAGGAAGUACGCAGUUCUAGAUUGAUCUGAAUUGUCGGUAUUGCAUUAAUCUAUUAUGCUCCACGAUCUUGUCACGACUCUGAGCAUGCCGAGGCCGCUCGG